CUAGCGCAAGUAGGCGCUGGUGCGGUCAGGGCUGGUAGGAAAGUUACUGCGCGUGGCCCAAAAGGACAAUGCGAGGCGCGCGCAAAUUUUCAGCGUGAACAAAGUUGGAGGAAGAACCCAGCCCACAAGGGCCAAGUGCUGGCAGUGGAGACACAGAUGGAGUGUUGAGGAGAGGGUAAACAGGCGCAAGGUCAUGGCGCUGGGAGCAGGCCAACGGGCCGCAGGGUUGCUGACGUUGCUUUGGUUGGCAUCCUGGGGUACAGGAUCCCUUGGUGCAGGGACCCCGGCCACUUUCCGUGUUGCAUACAAUGCGGAGGUAGACAUUCCGGCAGCAUCUUGCAAAGCACACUUUGUGGAAGGAUGGACGUUCCCCUACACCACAGGGGGCCAAACUUGGAGAGACAUGGGGCUUGAUGGAGACCAGCGCGUGAGCAACGUGUACGUGACAGCUUCGCCAGGCUACAACACAAAGUAUCAGUAUGGUUGGAACAAUGGAGCCUGGCGCAUCUCAUGGUACACCUCUACUUCGUCCCUAUCUUACACCGUGUCGUACGAUAAGGACAACGCGAUUCGCCAAUGUGGCGGCAAUGCAACGACCGGUGUUCCAGGCACCUACACCGCCCGCUUCGCCACUGGGAAAUGGUCGCAGCAGAUGAAUGCCCUAAUAGUUACCUUCAAGCUGGGCUUCGUCCCUUCAACGAGGCCGACUCUAGCCGUGGAGGUUAACGGUCUAACCCGGCCUCUUAACCCGCAACUCUCCGGGGACGGCUCAACGGUCACGGCCACCCUUAAUGGGCCCCUCUUCUCGAACCAAAACGCCGUCUUCACUCUCACGUACGACUACGGGUCGAGCCCCCGGCCAACUUGUAGCUGCUCCUCGGCGUCUAGCACGUCUAGCGGAAAGGGCGGCGUACUUGGCGGCAUCAUCGCCGGAGCGGUCUUUCUAAUCAUCCUCGUGUCCUGUGGCAUCGGCUGCCUUGGCUUGUGCAUGUCCACCAAGACCACGUGUCCCUGCUCGCGCUGCAACGGACGGGGCUACCUGGGCGCGGGAGGGGUCCUGAUGCCUCCUGCACCGAACGGGAUGUACCGUGACGUCGCUCCAAGCAGCCCACCCCCGCCCCCAGGCUACUACGACCAAGCCCCCGUGACCGGAGUUCCAUAUCCAGGGAUCCCCCAAACCGAUGCAAAGGACUUUGCCCCGGGCACUUCCUCCGGUUACCAGUACCCGCCGCCCCCCCCAGCCGGUUACCCCCAGGCUAACCCGGGUUACAACCCCGGUUACUCGCAAGCACCCCCAGGUUACAACCCCGCUUACUCGCAGGCACCCCCGGGUUAUCCCCAGGUUGGUCCGCCCGGGUACCCUCCUCAACCAAUGUACGCCUCGUCCCCUCCGCCGGGUUACCCUGGAGCCGGUUACGGGCAGUACCCGCCCCCGCAACAGUUCGCACCUGGGAUGACCAUCCCUAUGCAGCCCCCUGGUACAACGGUUUGCCCCCAGUGCCAGGGCAAGGGCACCGAGGUCCGCCGCACAGUGCCCACGUGGGCCAAGGUCUUCGGUGCCAUGGGCAUCGCGUGCUUCCUGUGCUUCUGCUGCUGCUCCGGCGGUGGAUACCACCAGCAGUACGGGUACAACUCGUGGUGGAACGGCGGGGGAGGCGUUGGAGGCAACGGCUGGAGCAGCGGUGGCGGGGGCAACAGCGGCGGGGGCGGAGGCGGAGGCGGAGAUGGCGGGGGCGGUGGAGGUUAACUUUCGGGAUACUGGGUUAACCUAACGAGCCCGCAUGCGGCGGCAAGGCCUUCGAUUAAGUAUUGAGUAACAGGUUUGUAGCUAGGAUGUGAUUUGCGGUGAUCUAGAAUUCACGUGAAAGCGUAGAUGUGGUAAGGUAUCGAAGGUGGUGUUGGCAACAACUUACCUAGACGGUUGCUUCCUAGCAUUAUCUCAUCUUUGGUCGAGCGUCAGUUUCUCCUUCCUCAAUCGACUAAGUCACGGAUGUGGCCUUACGGUACAGUUAUGGUUGCUGGUCACAUUAUACUUGAGGAUUGUUCUCGUUUGGUCGUAGAGACCAUGAGCUAGCAGGAUGCAUUGCUGGAUACUGGAUUUAAGGACAUUUUGGCUCUUUCAAUCUGGUUUUAAGCUCGG